AUGACGCGAUCGGCCGACGGAGAUGUGUCCGAGACGUCGGUGGCACUGUACCAUGCAGCAGAAGUCGACGGUAUCCCAUAUUCAUACGAGUACACGCACGACACAACGCUGCCCAUGGGCGUGGAUGAUGCAUUCGACAUGUGGAUCAAUGAAGUGUGGGUGGGAGGGGGGUUUCCACCGUCCAAGGUGCCUUUUGUGCUUGAAAAGGAAGGACAGGGGCGUGGCCGAGAGGGGUCUAUUCGUCGAGCUUACUAUGGACUUAUUCGCGAAGAGAUACUUCAAGUGGGAAGUCGGCAACCCUCCCCGUCUUCGGGUACCAAACACGAUGGCAAGCCCCGCAUCCGUACGGUGCUGUACCAGGCCCCGACAAUGCCCCUUCCGUUCCAUCAUUACAAAGGACUAGUGCGAUUCAUCCCAUCAAGGCGACGAUCAAACCCUCAUCAGAUGGAGCGGCAAACUCGCCCCCAAGCGUUGGGACAUGACGUGGUUUGGGGGGCUCUUCGCCAGCCUCGUCUUCGUCCUGUUUCGCUUUGCUGUGGGGCAAAUGGUGACUGGGUGGACUGUCCACGCAACCACGUUAUCGAACAAGGCGAAGAAGCGGCACUAAUAUGACUAACCAUUGCAGAAGUAACCAAUCGUCAUGACUACGACUGUAGUA